AAAAGAUCACUUACGGAGACUUUUUUGCAGAAGAGCACUUAUCAAGGACGUUCAAUUUGCAAUACAUUCACAUGAGGACAGUGUUAGUGGAAGUCAGUAAACAGGAAAACACUAUUUCAGGGACCAUCAGUCCAUUGUUUUUCUCUGUUCUAUUGAAAGAUGAUCGAUUUGUAAAGUCAGAUAGAAGAGAAGUGUCAGGUUGGAACGCCAUAUAAAGAGUAUACAUGGAGCUCAGGUCAAUGUCGAAACGACCACCACCUUAUACACAUGUCGAUAGACAUAGGUUUAUGAAUUCGCAAAAUAUCUCCACGACGAAAAAACAGAAUGGUUUAAGAAAGGUCAAAUUCGAAGAACAAGAUGAUUCACCACCAGUAAUAGUUAAAGAUGAAUGUACCAAGUUUUCAAAAUGUAAAUUAUUUAUCUAUUCCAUUUGUGCGCUCCUGAUAUUCUUCAUAUGUAUUAUUUGGAUUUUUCUGGUGUUCCCUUAUCCUAUGCAUGCUUCUUGCAUUAUAAAAUGGAAGUUUGAAGAUCCUUGCAUAUACGUCAUGCAGAAAUUUCGGUCUCAAAUACUUAAUUGGUCAUCCUGCAUGAACUGUGGACCACGUGGUAGCAAAUGUUUGUACACGCUCAAAGAACCAAAUCCAAAUGAAAGUAAUAUAAUUAGAGCUACACAUCUUGCUUCAAAUUUAAGAACUACGGAAACGAUAAAAAUCGAUUUCGAACAAAUUAAUAAAACUUGUAUAGCAACGGGAGAAUCCACAUCAAAUGAAUGGUUUAGAGUAUUUGAUUAUGGUACAAAUUACUGCAAUUUGCAUAAUUUAAUAACCGGGAUUGGUUUUGAUAAAAGUUUGAAGUUUUUGGAACUGACAAGCAAUACAGUUUGCACACAAUAUAAUAUGGCGGUUUGUAAUUAAAAAAAUUAUUUUGAUUUUUCUUUAUUAUUUAUAAAACAUUUUAAUUUAAUUAUAUUUGUUAACAAUUUUAA